AUGAACCGAAGUCUGCCACAUCCUACAACGCCAGUAGGUCACAGUCCCGGAGUUCACCGUCGGAAACGCAAACCCGUGAAUUGUGAGCAAUGUCGACGCUCUAAAUUGAAGUGCGACCGUCAACAUCCAUGUGCUACUUGUAAACGACGCAACCGUGGCGAUGCCUGUAAUUACGAGGUUCCAUCUGGAUAUUCUCAGACGGGAAGCCAUCGCCGAAACCCCGGAACUCUGCAGUCGAGAAGCAAUACCGCGGAGUUAGGAUCUUCACCGUUAGGUGAGAACAUUGCCACUGCCCCAUUAUUGGGGCUAAAUAAUCCAUCGCUGGCCCCAGACACCAGUGUAGUGCCCUCCGAUGGUCACUGGGAGACGGUACUCGAAAGACCUGCACCAGAAGAUGGCACCCAAGGCACAUUGUCGCCUCUCUCAACAAGUCCACGUAUGCCUUUACAAGAACUCAUUAAUCCACUACCACCAAAAGCCUGUUGUGAUUAUUUGAUAUCCCAUUUCUUCCAACUAAUACAUCCUUUGUUUCCAAUUCUCCAUGGCCCAACCUUUCAGGCUCAGUACGCAGCUUUUUUUACACAACAACCCCAAACCCAUCAAGUCGAUCUUCCUUGGCUGGCUCUACUAUUCUCGAUGUGUUCUUUGGCACUGAACACGAUGGACGCGAGCGACCCAAGACUACUAUACAUAUGGCCAACCAUUUCCGACAGCCCGGCCCAAGAUUUCACGACAACAUCUGUGUCUCGCAGACUUUUACAAGCCUCGAUGACUUGCCUCUUACAGGAUCAGUUCUUCAUCAGGCACAAAUUCAGCACAUUUGAGGCCUUGUUGAUGCUGAUUUACAGCUUGUCACAUAAUGAAUCCGUUGACCAAGGAUGGGCAUUAUUGGGCAUGGCGUUAAAUAUGGGUAUUGCACUACGGUGCAAUGCGGAAAAUCGGGGCCUGAACCCCAUAGAAACUCAGAGAAGACGGCGCUGCUGGGCUGGCCUAUUGACAUUGCAUACAUAUCAAGGAAUACUCUUUAGGGAUGUUGACAUGUCGUUUUUGCUCGAUAUAAAGGCCACUAUGCCUGCUGAUGUCAAUGAUCUCGAUAUUACCGAAGGCGGAAUUGCUAAUUCUCUCGGCCAGCCUACCCAAAUGUCGGUUAUGAUGGCUAAGAUUCGCCUAUUUCGGCUAUCUACUCAUAUUUGUCGCCAUAUCUCUGGCCCCGUGCGACUUGAUCAAAGCUUUCUGCAGGAAUUCAACUCGGAUAUCUCUGAGGAGCAAGCAAAAUGGGACUCUACUUAUAUGAUUGAUGGAUCUCCGAAUAUCCUGGAUCCAACUGCAUACGGAUAUUGGUGUGUCUUGCAAAGCUAUGCGCAUCAUCUUUACCUCCUUCUGCAUCGUCCGUUUCAUCAUACGAAGUCACCGUACUUUCUCCCAGAAUCGAGAGAAAGAUGUCUCAAUUCUGCCAUGGAAAUGAUCUCCAUUCAUCAACAGAUCUACGAAGCCCCACUGUUACGAAGCUUUCUCUGGCUACUGAAUGGAGUGACGGGUCUGAAGGCACUCCAUGCCGCUGUGGCCCUCAACUCAUGUCUUCUCGAUAAGCCAUCAGGUAAUCUGGAACCCCAUCGGAAGGCAAUACAAAGGCUAGCCCAACGUAUGGAAAGUCUUUCCAGCCGAAGUGCAAUGUGCGCGAAGUCUUAUGAAAUACUUUGUCAUCUGCCAACCCAAUCCACUAGUACGGCCACCGCUCAACCGCCUUACUCGGCGAUUCAAUCCGAGAAUACACUUGAUGACUGGACUGAUAUACGUGAAUGGAUGGACUCUGAUUUUGUCAACUGGGUACCAUUUAUUUCUUGA